AUGUCCUGCUCCUACACAUAUCCUACUGGUCAUACAGUCAACGCAACUUUCUGGAUGAAAAAUCGGCUUGAGGGUUUGGAGACCUCCGGUAUGUCUGAAGAUCCAGCUUACAAAAUAAGGGUGGAAUAUCUUGGAAAUAAACAGAACAACUGCAGUAUGAAACUGACUAAUGUGACAGGACAAGAUGCAAAAAGGUAUUUCUUCCGAUUUACAACUAAUUAUACCAGUGGGAAAUGGAUUGGUGAACCUGGAGUUCAAAUGUCAGUUACAGACCUACAGGUGGAGACUCCAGAGAGAGUGAUGGAGGGUGAAACAGUCACUCUGAAAUGUAAUACCACCUGUUCUCUGAGUAACACAUCAACCUUCAUCUGGUAUAAAAAUGGACGUGUUUUAACAAGGAAAACCAUGAAGAACAAUGAACUCUCUCUCCAGUCAGUCAGCUAUGAGGAUAGAGGCAGUUAUAUGUGUGCUGUACAAGGUCAUGAGAAUCUUCCCUCUCCUGCUGUCACUCUCACUGUCACGUAUCCUCCAAAGAAGACCACAGUGUCAGUCAGUGCCUCUGGUGAAAUAGUGGCAGGCAGUUCAGUGACUCUGACCUGCAGCAGUGAUGCUAAUCCACCACAGAUUAACUACACCUGGUAUAAAGAGAGUGUAACUUCACCUGUAGGAUAUGGACAGAGUUACAUCAUCAACAACAUUCAGUCCAGUAACAGUGGACUGUACUACUGUGAGGCCCAGAAUAAACAUGGCUCUCAGAAAACCACUGCUGUACUAGUCACACUGAAAGAUCGUCCAAAGAAGACCACAGUGUCAGUUAGUCCCCCUCGUGAAAUAGUGGAGGGCAGUUCAGUGACUCUGAUCUGCAGCAGUGAUGCUAAUCCACCAGCCACCUACAUCUGGUAUAAGAAGAAUGGAAGUGUCACUAUAGGAAAAGAAGAAACCUACAGGAUCAACAAGAUCAGCUCUGAGGACAGUGGAGAAUAUCAGUGCAAAUCCAGUAAUCAACAUGGAGAGCAUUUCGCUACUGUGUUUCUAAAUGUUCACUAUGCUACAGAGAAGACCACAGUGUCAGUCAGUCCCUCUGGUGAAAUAGUGGAGGGCAGUUCAGUGACUUUGACCUGCAGCAGUGAUGCUAAUCCACCAGCCACCUACAUCUGGUAUAAGAAGAAUGGAAGUGUCACUAUAGGAAAAGAAGAAACCUACAGGAUCAACAAGAUCAGCUCUGAGGACAGUGGAGAAUAUCAGUGCAAAUCCAGUAAUCAACAUGGAGAGCAUUUCGCUACUGUGUUUCUAAAUGUUCACCAUGCUCCAAAGAAGACCACAGUGUCAGUCAGUUCCACUGGUGAAAUAGUGGAGGGCAGUUCAGUGACUUUGACCUGCAGCAGUGAUGCUAAUCCACCAGCCACCUACAUCUGGUAUAAGAAGAAUGGAAGUGUCACUAUAGGAAAAGAAGAAACCUACAGGAUCAACAAGAUCAGCUCUGAGGACAGUGGAGAAUAUCACUGCAAGUCCAGUAAUCAACAUGGACAUCAGUAUUCAAAUACUGUAUCUCUGAAUGUUUUAUAUCCUCCAAGAAAUACCACAGUGUCAGUCAAUGCCUCUGGUGAAAUAGUGGAGGGCAGCUCAGUGACUCUGACCUGCAGCAGUGAUGCUAAUCCACCACAGAUAAACUACACCUGGUAUAAAGAGAAUGUAACUUCACCUGUAGGAUAUGGACAGAGUUACAUCAUCAACAACAUUCAGUCCAGUAACAGUGGACUGUACUACUGUGAGGCCCAGAAUAAGCAUGGCUCUCAGAAAACCACUGCUGUACCAAUCACCAUGAAAGGUAUUCAUGGUCAGAGUUGGGGUGUCAAAUAUAAUCGUGAUAGUAUCUGUGCCCUGAAGGGUUCAUCAGUAACCAUGUCCUGCUCCUACACAUAUCCCACUAGUAACACAGUUAAAACAGUUUUCUGGACAAAACAUGAAGUUGGGGAGCCCUCUGAUUUGUCUGAAGACAUAGAUUAUAAAGGCAAGUUUCAUGACCUUGGAGAUAAACAGUCAAACUGCACCAUGAAACUGAUUAAUGUGACUCAGACAGAUUCAAAGAGGUAUCGAUUCAGAUUUACUACAGAUAAGGCCCGGUGGAUUGGUCAACCUGGAGUUACACUGUCAGUCACAGGAUAUGGACAGAGAUACAUCAUCAACAACAUUCAGUCCAGUAACAGUGGACUGUACUACUGUGAGGCCCAGAAUAAACAUGGCUCUCAGAAAACCACUGCUGUACCAAUCACAGUGAAAGGUAUGGAAACUGUCAUAGCUGUUGUCAUAUGA